CCCUAAACCAAAGUUGUCCCACAAGAAACGACUAAAUACCAACUACCCAUUGCCCUCCUACAAUGGUCGAAGCUUCAAGAGAACUUAAACUAUCCUGCCACUGCGGCACCAACACCCACACAUUCACCGUCCCACUCUCCUCCCUACCCCUCCCUGCCCACUUCUGCAACUGCAACAUCUCGCGACGAAUCUCAGGCUCCCUGUUAACAUCCUACAUCUCCCUCCCCUCCACAUCCCCUACCUCGCCAAACCCCGAUCUCUCAGCGCUCACACCCUAUAAAAGCUCUGAUAUCCUAACGCGGUAUUUCUGCACAACAUGCGGUACACACAUGUAUCUUGAAUACGCCUCAGACGGGCAUUUCGAAGCAGCGACUGGGACUUUAAUAGUGGAGAGUACAGACGGGAUUGUAGAUUUCAAAGCGCAUAUCUGGGUUGAAGACACUCCAGACGGAGGCGCUAGUAACUUCAUCACCGCCAUAAAUGGGAAUCCUCUACCACGGUAUCUGCGAGAGCCCGACCAAAGCGAAGAAGCACCUCUCUCCUUCCAACUCUCAACAACAAUCACCCACGGCGCAACUGGAAGCAUACGCGCCCACUGCCACUGCACCGGCACCCAGUUCUUCAUCCACCCCCCCAACCCCUCUUCCAAAACUGCAUCAUCCUCCUACCCAGACCUCCUGGUCCCAUACCACUCCGGCUCGCCUGCAAACCCGCAAAACUACCCGUGGUGGCUCCCAUAUCCCACCCGUUACCUCGCCGGAACUUGCACAUGCGUCUCCUGCCGCCGCUGUUCCGGCUUUGACAUCACCUUCUGGGCCUUCAUCCCCACAUGCAACAUCUCCCUCGACUCCGCAGGAACCAUCCCGUUUUCACGUAAUCCCUACUGGGGUACUAUGAAAACGUAUCGCAGUUCGGGGAAUGUGACUAGGACGUUUUGUAGUGUCUGCGGGGCGAACGUGUUUUGGGAUGGGGAUGCGAGACAGAGUAUCGUGGAUGUGGCGGUGGGAUUGCUAGAUGCGGGGAGUGGGGCAUUGGCACAGGAGCUUUUGGCUUGGUGGCCGGGGCGUGUCAGCUUCUGUGAGGAGGGGAUUAAUAAGGGGUUGGUUGGAGGGUUGGAGGAGGGAUUGAGGGAUUGGGCGGAGAGGAGGAAGGGAGAGGGGUUUGUGGCGACGGGGACGUUCCCGGUAGUGUGA